AUGCUGAUUGGCUCACUGCGGACACUAGCCUCGCCUUCACCGCCCUGGGCCCUGCUGGGUCUCCCCCACCAAAAACCCUUGUUUCUGCCUCUUCAUCUCACCUUGACCCCUCCAAACAACAACAACAACAACAGCAACAACAACAACGACAUGGCAGACAUUCACCGUGCCAGCACCACUGCUCCGGUAAACAUUGCUGUCAUCAAAUACUGGGGGAAACGUGACCCCAAACUGAACCUCCCUACCAAUUCCUCCCUCAGCGUCACCCUUGCCCAGUCCGAUCUCCGCACGCACACCACUGCUUCCUGCUCGCCCUCCUACCCCGCCGAGGACACUCUGCUCCUCAACGGUCAGCCUCAAGAUGUGUCUGGUGCUAGAACACAGGCCUGCUUCCGCGAGCUCAGGACUCUGCGCAGGAAACUAGAAGAGCAGGAUUCGUCUCUGCCCAAGCUCGCAGACCAACCUCUCCGGAUCGUCUCCGAGAACAACUUCCCCACCGCAGCUGGCCUCGCCAGUUCAGCCGCCGGUUUCGCUGCUCUCGUCCGAGCCAUUGCAAAUCUCUACGAACUCCCCUCAUCGCCCACGGACCUCUCGCGCAUCGCUCGACAGGGCUCGGGCUCAGCAUGUCGAUCUCUCUUCGGUGGCUACGUAGGCUGGGAACAAGGCUCUGCUGCUGACGGCAGUGACAGUGUGGCCUUCCAAGUUGCACCUGCAAGCCACUGGCCCAACAUGCGUGCUGUCAUUCUCGUGGUCAGUGCCGCAAAGAAGGGUGUAUCAAGUACCACUGGCAUGCAAACCACCGUCGCCACAUCCUCGCUGUUCCAGUCAAGGGCCAAAGAGACGGUGCCACGCCGCAUGAAGGAAAUGCAGGAGGCUAUCAAGAACAAGGACUUUGAGACCUUUGGCAAAGUGACCAUGAUGGACAGCAAUUCUUUCCACGCAACCUGUCUGGAUACCUUCCCACCAAUCUUCUAUUUGAAUGAUAUUUCGAGGGCGGCCAUUAUGGUCGUCAAUGCGAUCAAUGCGGCAGCUGGAAAGAUCAUUGCGGCGUACACUUUCGAUGCCGGUCCAAAUGCGGUGGUCUAUUACCUUGAAGAGAAUGAAAAGGACGUUGCUGGUCUGUUCAAGCUGAUCUUGGGCGACAAGGACGGCUGGCAGGGUGAGAGGGGAGCCAAGGUACAGGCUAACCCAUCGGAGUUGGAGAAGGUCAAGGGUGACUGCGGUCCCGCUAUUGCUGCUUUGGAGGAAGGUGUCAGCAGGGUCAUCUUGACUGGUGUUGGUGAGGGUCCCGAGAGGACGGAUGUGAUGUUGAUUGAUGGGAAAGGCUCUACAACUGCUCCUUUACAUGGUCUACAGACGGCUCAGAACUAUAAUGAUGAACUUCACUUCACACUGGAAAUCACUGUUUCCCAGGCGCCGUCUUUCCAUCUUAGCGCCAUGCAAGUUUCGAGUGAUUUCGGCCACUCGAUGGAAGAUGGGGGCGCGAGUGAGGAGGAAAGGUAUCGGGAGUGUGUUGCUCAGGUUCGCGACGGUGACAGUGUCGCUGCCUCGCUGGCGUGGGCCAAUCUAUCAUUCUCUCUCUCUCUCUCGACCUUCUUUUCUUUACCUGUACUCUCCCAACAACCAAGCUUCUUGACUUCCUUCAACCAACCCUUUGCUCGACACACACUCAAACUUUCAACUGCUGGGCAGAUCAACUACUCCACAUUUUCAGUACCAGCUUCUUCAACAAAUAAAACCAUUUGCUACAUUAUUCUCAAUAUCCUGCGUGGCUUGAAUAUCAUUGCUCUUGCUUCGGUCGUUGCAAGCAGCAUUGUCAUGCUUGUCAAAACCUUCAUUAUCUCCAAGUUCUUCUUCUUCGAUGCUACGAGUCACGUCAUCACUGCCAUUGCAGGCCUUUUCCUCAUCGUCUCCGAAUGCUCACUUUUCCGCAACUUCUUUGCCCGAAACUGGCCACUUCUCAGCUCUGCCCAUGGCUUCGUCACCUUGGGCUGCGCCAUGAUGGUCAUCGGACUCAACAUGCUAGGCAACAUGAACAAACAAGCCACCAGCCAGGAGUCUCUAGGCAUGCCAUUCUGGCGUCUGCUCGUAGCCUCAGGCAUCCUCGCCAUUGUCAUUGGCUUCUUCAACAUUGUUGCAAGCUUCAUCUUCCGCGACAAAGCCCGCAACAUCACCGCCCGCCGCGUCCGCUCCCGAGGCGCCAUGACGCUCCAAGAAGACAUUGAAACAGCGUCGGCCUACGACCCAAAGCACAAAGACUUCACCAUCAGCACCCACCACACCGGCAGCAGCUCCAGCCGCACACACAUGCACCACAGCCCUCCCCUCCGCAACCCAACUCCCCCCAUCGACUUGCACUCCCCACCCCUCCCCAACAACAAAGAACAAGACGCCCAAAACCCCCUCCACGACUUCUCCUUCAGCCCCCUACGCGCCUUCCGCUCAGCCCGCCAAUCCUUCCUCCCCUCCUACCACAGCACCUCGCCCACCUCCGCCACCUCCGCCCCCAAACCCAAACCCUCCUUCCUAGCCUCCCACCGCCCAUGCAGCUCCAUCUACAGCCGCACCACCUCUGGCGAGCCCCAGAAAAAGCGCUUCUGGCAGCGCCAGCGCGAGGAGCAAGAGGAAGAGGUUGCGCGCAUGCCGCAGAUUAGUUAUCCGCUUAAUGUGAAUCCUCAGUUUGCCCAUCUGGUUAGGCCGGAUUUGGCGCAUCAUCCUAGUGUGAGGAGGCCGGAGGUUACGGAGUGGGAUAAGAUUUGA